CCCGUUUAAACAAUAAGUAUACGCAACGUAAAAUCUAAAGGAACGCAAAAUGGCAGACACUGCGAAUCCCUUUGACAUGGACACUUCCGGCUUUGAUGCUGAAAAGUAUCUGGAGAAACUGCUAAAGGACUGCUCUCUGCGAGAAAUCAUGGAUACCGAGGCAGCUGUGGUCAAGGAUACACAAACCCUGCAUUCGGAUAUGCAAACGCUGGUCUAUGAGAAUUACAACAAAUUCAUUUCGGCCACGGACACCAUACGGAAGAUGAAGAAUGACUUUAAGCAGAUGGAAUCGGAUGUUAAUCUGCUCAUGAACAAGAUGCAGUCCAUCACCAGCUUCAGUGAACAGAUAACCGGCACUUUACAGGGCACAAGAUCACAAUUAUGUCGCCUAUCCGAAAAGCAUUCGCUUCUUAAGCGACUGCAAUUUCUUUCCACUCUACCGGCCAAAUUGAAAUCUUUGAUUGAAGAGCAAAACUAUGCCCAGGCUGUGCAGGAUUACCUGCAUGCCCAGAAGGUAUUCGCACAAUAUGGAAGACAACCUUCAUUCGAUGGCAUUAAGCGGGAAUGUGAUCAAAUCAUGGGAGAUUUAAAGGACAAACUGCGUCGUGACUUCCAGAGAGCUGGCAAUACGGCACAAUCUUUGACAGAAAUCGGGGAAUUGCUACUCCAAUUGGACGAGAAGACAUCGGAUUUGGCCAGCGAAAUGCUGACGUGUGCUGGCAAACGUUUGCACGAGCAGAUUGUCAUGUUGCAGGAUCAGACAGAACGCGAUAUGCUGGAAUUUGUGGACAUGGGCAUCGAUGGUUUCCUCAAUGACCUGGCCCUGGUGGUUACCUCCUAUUUUGAUAUGUUUGUGGCCAAGCAUUACGAACAGGAACGCGAUGACUUCCAGGAGAAUGCCUUGAAUGAGUUAAAUAUCUUUCUAAAUCAAAACAUCGACAAGUACUUAAAUCUGGUUCAGGAUCGUGUGGAAUCUGACAUUGGCUAUGGUGACACUCAGGUCAUGUUGCGUGCCCUGGAUCGUUUGCAUCGUCGUCUCCAGGCCAUGCGUAACAUAUGCCGCGGUCUGGAGGUCCAAAAGAACACGGUGGACAUUAUCAUUGGGGCAGCACAUCAACUGUGCGAUGCCCAUUCGAAGAAUCUCAGGGAUCACUUUGCCGACAGUCUCAGUUCAGUGCGUUUGUCUCUCGUCUCGGCUAAGAGUGAUGCUGCUACUGGACUGAAUCUAUCGGAAUUGAUAGGCAAUCUAUAUGUAUCCAUGGUGGAAAAGAUCAAGGGUGUGCUGCAAGAUUUGCUAAUCUUUCUACGCACCGAUUGGUCCUUUAACAUCAAGGCUGAGCACAGAGGAGCACUCUGUGUGGAGGGUAUAAGGGAGAAUCUUCUGAUUGGCUUCCUGCGUCACAUUUCCAAAGUUAUGUGCGGCUUUGCCAAUGCCUCAAGCUCUAGUCCACCUAAUUUGCUAUUGGUUCUCUCGAAAACUUGCCUAGAACUAGAGCAGCAAGGCGUCCACAUCCUGAUUGCUCUGGUCGAUGACCUCUAUGAGAUUGACUCAGAGAACAGUGCCACCUUGACCCAUGAGACGGAAAUCUGUGCCGAGAUGCGUGAGACAGCCCAAUCCCUAUUAGAUGCCUAUGUACGACAGCAGGGCACAAAUAUCUCCCAAAUGCUACGCAAAAGUGUGGAAACUCGUGACUGGUUGAAUUGCCUAGAGCCGCGUUCGGUGCGUGCCGUGAUGAAGCGAGUGGUCGAGGAAUUGGGUGGCAUCGAAACGGUGGUGGCCAGCCUCUAUGAGAGUUCGGGCAAUGCUGGUGGUUUUCGCACCACUGCCAGCAGUGAUUCCAGUCGCAAAACUUACUUUAGCAAUUUCACUGCCUCCAAACCACAAUAUCGUUCAAAUUGGUCCAACUAUACACCAUCACAAUUGGAAUCCAGCUAUGUGAGCAAUAUUCAUCGCUUAUUCUCCGAACGUGUGGAUAUUUUCACUUCUGUGGAAUUUACCAAGGCUUCCAUUGUCAUGGGCAUCAUCAAAAUUGGCCUUAAAACCUUGUUGGAGUGCGUCCGUUUGCGUACAUUUAGUAAAUUUGGUCUACAACAGAUUCAAGUGGAUGCCCACUAUCUGCAAAUGAAUUUGUGGCGCUUUGUCAGCGAUGAAAACCUGGUAAACUUUUUGCUAGAUGAAAUUCUGGGCUCAGCUGUUCAUCGUUGUUUGGAAUCUGUACUUAUGGAACCAAAUGCCGUGGAAAUUAUAUGCGAACGUGGUUAGUAU